AUGCCUUAUACACCAGCUCGUAGCCUAAGAUCAUCACACCAGCAACUUCUUAAGACUCCCAAGACACGUGUAGCACAUGUGAUGAAUCCGUGUAGUAGUUUUCCUUGUCAGAAUGGAGGACAGUGUUCAGCAAUCGAUGGUUCAUGUACAGACUUCACCUGUCAGUGUCAAGGAUGUUUUACAGGGGACCGUUGCACUGUUGGUCAGAAUCCAUGCAACCCCAGUCCAUGUAUCAAUGGAGCCUGUCAGAUCAGCAGUUUCUCACCAUGCACACAGUACAGUUGUCUUUGCAACUUGUGCUACACUGGUCAGAACUGUGACAUCCCCAUUGAUCCAUGUGCGAAUAGCCCCUGUCUUAAUGGAGGAACUUGUCAACAGGAUCCAAACAACUGUUUGGGUUUCAUCUGUACCUGUGACGCAUGCUUUCAGGGAUCAACAUGUGCAACAGACUUGAAUCCAUGUGUUAACAAUCCUUGUGCAAAUGGAGGUACCUGUAUCACUGAUCAAGGUUCAUGUACAUCAUUCACAUGCCAGUGCCCAGCAUGUGUUGAAGGAUCCCUCUGUCAACAGGGUAUAACACCAUGCAGUCCGAAUCCAUGUCAGAACGAUGGUUUAUGUAUACCGUCAAGUACUGUUUGCACCGAGUACAGCUGCAUCUGCCGCAAUUGCAACACAGGGGUGAACUGUGAAACUCGUAAGUAUGAGGAUAUUCUGUCCAUGUUACACUGCUCUCGCAGACAGUAA